CUUCCGCGCCUUUCGAACCGGGAAAUGAAAAUACAAAAAAUGAAAACAAUGCAUGUAUCUGAUUUAGGUGUUGUUUUAUAUCCAAACUGAAACCAUCAUGAGAAGCGAAAGAUCAAUUUUACAAUGACAAGCGAGUAAUCGGCACUGAAAUAGGUGGGAUCAGUUGCUGAAAAAUGAGCACACAGUCAAAAUCCCCGAAGCCAAAAGGCAAGGGACAGGUGUGUGUAUUCUGUGAGCAAGGCAGUGUGUGUGAAGAAACAUAUGGCAAGCUGCUUUCAAAAGCUGGUGUCACAGCCCACUAUUUUUGCAUGCUGUUUUCCAGUGGACUUAGUCAGAAUGGCAAAACAGAGAAGCAAGGGAUUCUGGGCUUUCUGCAGAGUGAUAUAAUGAAAGAAGUUAAACGUGGUGCCAGACUGAGAUGCAGCUAUUGUCGGAAGAUUGGAGCCACAAUCGGCUGUGUGAUACGUAACUGUAAAAAGAUGUUUCAUCUUGGAUGUGGCAGAAGCAACAACACACUGCACCAGUUCUUUGGUACAUUUAGUUCGUUUUGUCCAGCUCAUCGGCAGCAACAAGACGUACCAUGUGAUGACGAUCCAAAUAUUGUCUGCUCUAUAUGCAUGAACACAGUGACUGCUGCACCUAGUAAUGAUACAAUACGAGCGCCGUGUUGUCGCAAGUACUGGUAUCAUCGUGAAUGUGUGCAGAGAUAUGCAACAUCGGCUGGGCUGUAUUUUUUCAAGUGUCCUUUAUGUAACAACAAAGAGGAAUUCCAGGAUGAGAUGCUCACAAUGGGUAUAUACAUACCUGACCAGGAUGCAUCAUGGGAGAAGGAACCCCAUGCCUUUCAGGAACUGUUAGAACGGUACGGACAUUGUGAUGCUCCUCUUUGCAAAUGUGUGGAAGGGCGUAAAUAUGAUAAAGAAGGAAGUAAAUGGGAGAUAAUUCUGUGUGACUUCUGCGGUUCACAUGGUGCCCAUGUAGCAUGUAAUCACCUGGAGAAAAUGGGCAAACAUGAUAUAUGUCAUGGUUGUAAGGAGGUCGACGAGAGAACAAGAGAGGAAGAGUACUUGUUGCAUUCACCACCACAUAAGAGAAAGUCUCUGGAGCUACUUCAACUUGAGCUUGCCUCAUCCCCAGAAACUUCUAAAGGGACAAGCCCGUACCCUGGACCUUCAAAUUCAAUGAGGAAAUUAGGGCUUCCGAAUUCACCAACUGGAAAAGCUAAAACUAAGUCUGGUGCUAAGAAAGGCAAAAGAAUUGCCAGUCCAGAAAAUAAGGCUAGUCCACCGAAAUUGAAGAAGCAGAGGUUUACAAAAGCAAGUGCCACAGUAACAUCGGCCACUGCAAAAAGAGGAAGAAAGGAGAUAUUAUUGUCCCCAAAUACAUCAAGCCAGUCCUCUGAAGAUUCUAGUGAUGAUGAUUUGCCAUUUAGUAUCCUGAAAACAAAGCUGCAGAAAAUGGAGCUUGAAAAUGCUUGGGAUGUGAGACGGCGGAAAAGGAUGGAGUCUCAACGGAAACAUGCGGAGAAAAAACAAAGGAACAAAAACAAUGAAGUUGAAUCAGAUACAGAUGUUGAAGUGAAUAGAAAGGUUUUAAAUAGAAAGAACAGACGGAUUUCGGAUAUAGAUUCAGAAACAGAUACUGCUACAGAAACAAUAGAUAAAAAGGUGAAGAACAAGAAGUUCAGAGAAGAAGCAAAUGCUAUCAAUCAGAAGGCCACUACUUUCCUUUCUGAUACAGAAACAGACUCAAUGAAAUUUAAAGGUCAGAAAAAAGAUAUGCCAAAUAAGCGUUUGUCAUUGGCUGUAACAAAUCCUGAGAAAGGAAUCGGACAUGGAAAGGAAAUUCAUUCUAGGAUGUCUUUAGGUGCUGGAUCAGCUACAACAAAUAGUAAUGUUGAGAAGAAAAAGCAGGGGAAAUUGAAGAAAAGGUCACUAGAAAAUGACAAGUCACAGACUACGCUAACAAGUUGGCUGAAACCAAAGCCAAAAGAUGAAAACAUUGAAAUGAAAUUGUCCCCAGAAAAAACAGCAACAGAAACUAAGAAAGACAAAAAGCCAAUUGUUAUUGAAUGGAGGGGAAAGCAGUUAAUCAUAAGAUCACCAAGAGUUGCUUUGAAUAGAAGUAGAAACAGAAAAGUGAUAAAGAUGAAGCCCAAAUGUUUAGAGAUAGAUAUGAAUGAUAGAAAAGGAAGUUUAGACUCAAAUAAAGACAUUGAUUUGCUUUCCAACCUAGAAACUGAUAUUAGAGUAACAAGGAAGAUGGUAGAUAUAGAUCAUUUUGAAGCAAAAGCUGAAAAACAAGUUGGUAGAUUGAUGUUGCCUGCCAGAGAUGCUCGGAAGGAGGAAAAUACUGAAACAGAAAUAACAUCAACAACUAAAUUUCCAGACUUCGAACAGUCAAAUGGAAAUGCUCAACCCCAGUUAAAUGAUAGCGAAGGAGACAGAAUCAUUGAAACAGAUGUUAAAGAAAAAGCAGAAACUGAUAAUUUGUCAAAACCUAGUGAGUCACUUCUCCAGGGCAUUUCAGGGAAAAAGCCUUUACACUUUGAGAAUAGUGGUGAAGCCUUUGUUGACAAGCUUGACAAACAGUUUGAAAAUGAUAGGGAAGACUCACCAGCCAAAAAUCUAAGGGUCCGAAAAAUGAAAGGAGGGAAAACAAUUGUUACGUCAACUGAUUCUGUACAAUCCAAUGAAGGAUUUGGAAUGAAUAUUGUGAAAGAAUUUGCAUGUAGACAUUCUCCAGGUAAAGACACUGUUAGGUCAAAGCCAGUUUUGCCACAGAGUCCAAAAUCUGAAGUUAGAACUGACUCCCCUGCAAAGAACUUAAGACUUCGUGUUAAAAAAGAUCAAAUGAAGACUGACUCAAUAGAAAUCAUUGAUAUAAACCAUCUUGAACAGGAAAAUCAGCAUACCCCUACAAUGCAAAAUAAAAGUUGUUUUAAUUUUAAUGUAAAGGGGACAAAUUCGUGUGGGGAGACACUGCCAGAAGAGAAAGGUUCGCCUUUGAUUCGUGUAAAAGAAUCUGCAGAGUUUGGAUCAGUUAUAAUUAUAAAUGACACAAAUGCAUAUAAAGAAUUGGAGACUAAAGUAUGUGGCCCAACAAGUGAUAACAAUAUUGAAAGGCUGAAAAUAUAUAAACCGGCUUUGCCUGAAAGUCAUAAGUUAGAAGAUUCACCAGCCAAAAACUUGAGAAAGCGAAGUCAUCCAAUUAAUAAGAUUUCUGAGACAGAAAUAUGCUCAGAAGUAGAUAAAGUGAAAGAAGCAGGAACACAGACUAUUGAUUCAGAUUCUGAUAAUUCUGCCAAAUCAGAUCAGAUAGAAAGACUGAAAAAAUACAAACCAAAUGUUAAUUAUUUGAACUCUGCAAACACAACAGAUGUAAAAGGUGAAAAUUCAGAGGGCAGUGUGUUAGAUAAGGUAAAAGAAACAAUAAAAGAUAAGUCAAAUUCUGUAAGAUAUAUGAACAAACAGCAAGGCAUUUCUAAGGAGCAACAAAAUGUUGUAUGGCACCUUGAAGGUACUCGGCAGUUGGAGAAUAGAAGGCCGCAAAACAAUUCAGGUAUUUAUGGUGCUGGCUGUGAAAAUACAUGCCCAAAUCCUCGACCUGUUUCUAAGGGAGUUGACACAUUUCAGGAGGAAGGUACAACUAGUGCAGCAAAAACUAAAAGAAAGGGCUUCAACGUUUCUGAUAUUCUCGGAGAAAAUUUUUCUGAAUUGAACAAUCAACUCCCAACUACUGUCAACGAUCUGUGUCCUCAAAAUGAGCUGUGUAAUACGGCAGAUAACCUCAGUCCAUCGUACUUUACAAAAUUUCGCAGGUCGUGUUCCAAGUCAGAAAGUUUAGAAUCAUUUUCAUCAAAAGCUUCUGGUACUGAUAAUAAUACUGGUGUCAAAAGUACCCAAACAUUGCAGGGGGAUCAAGUGGCAUCUUUUUCUCUGUCAAAAAGAAAUAUACUAAAUGGGGUUAAAAAUAGUUCUGCCAUCAAACAACGGAGCAGUCCAAGAUCUGCGAAGAAAACUGCUGCAUCACAGCCUUUAAGCAGUCAUACCUCGGAUAAAAUGUCAAUGGCAGAAUAUUAUGGAGCAAGUUUAAGAACUGAUCCAAAGGAGAAGAUAAAUGGUGCUAGAGUUGUCACAUUAGAUGAUGAUGAUGACGAUAUUGUUGAACUACCAAUGUUUAUUGGCACAAGCAGCAUCGUGUGACAGAUGUUGUUAUAUGAAAAAAAAAGUUGUUAAGUCAUUUAAAGGGUAAAAGCUUGUGCUUGUGGAAAAAUAUGAGCUAAUUCUUUAUUUCUGGUAGAAGAGGCACUUUGUUGAAAUUGUAUUAAAUACAGUCUGGAUCUGUAUUGAUAAACUUUAAAUAAUUUUGAAGUCACAACUAGAAUGAAUUGAUUCUUUUUUUAAAAUACUUUACUCUGUUAAUGUUUACUUUUGCAAAAUAAUUGUUUAUAUCAAGUGACAGUGCCAUGUGAUGAUAAUAUAUAUCUUGUAAAAUUAUCACUGCCUACCAACUUCUGCUUUGAAAAAUUUUCAACAUUCAUUUGUACAAAUUACAUAUAUUUUACAGGUGUUGAUAUGUUUGUUUUGUUUGUAAAUAGUUUUGACAAUAGAUCUGACUGAAAUAUAUAUGAAAUUCUGAACAUGAAACUGGUAUCUCAAUCGACUUAAGCAGAAUUAACGGCAGUUUUCUUUUAAAUGAAGAACUACAUGUGAGUUUUUUUAUAGGAAAAACUUCCCACUUCGCAGUUUUCUUUUAAACAAAUUAAAUUAUAUUUUUCAUUGGAGAAUGGAAAACCAAUGU